AUUAUUUUUAUAAUUUCUGUUAAUCUGAGGUUUCUUAGAACGGACCAACGGGGGGAAGAAAUCGCCGACGGCGAGACUUCCCCUCUUCUCCAAAACCCUAAUUAGCUUUAAUUCUGUAAGAACAGGAAGUAGAAUAAGCCCACGGGAAUGGCGGAGCAGCUGAAGAAACGAUGUCUCUACGAUGUACUUAGCGUCAGUCGCGAUUGCUCGCAGGAGGAGAUACGCUCCGCUUACAAACGCCUCGCCCUACAGCUUCACCCCGACAAGCUUGCUCAAUCCGGCGCAACCAACGGCGCUGGCGACGCUACCGCCGCCUUCCAAGAGCUGUUGCAUGCAUAUGAAGUUCUCUCCGAUCCCAAAGAGCGCGCUUGGUACGACUCCCACCGUUCUCAGAUUCUCUUCUCGGACCCUUCCUCCGCUUCCAAAUCGCGCUCGUCUUUCUUCGACCUCGACCUCUUUUCUUUCUUCACCAAGUCCGUCUAUUCCGGGUAUACUGACUCUGGAAAGGGCUUCUUCAAGGUUUACGGUGACGUGUUUGCUAAAAUCUACGCUCAGGAGCUCAAUUUCGCCGAGAAGUUAGGGUUUCCCUCUGAUGCCGUCGCUCCGGCGCCUCUUAUCGGGAAUCUCGACAGUCCGUACUCCCAAGUCACUGCCUUCUACAGUUAUUGGUUGGGGUAUUCCACCGUUAUGGAUUUUGCUUGGGUGGAUGAGUAUGAUUCCUUUGCCGGGCCUAAUAGGAAGGCAAGGAGGCUCAUGGAGGAGGAAAAUAAGAAGGUGAGGAAGAAGGCCAAGAGGGAGCAUAAUGAUGCAGUGCGGGGGCUGGCUGCCUUUGUGAAGAAGAGAGAUAAGAGGGUUCUGGAUAUGCAGAUGAAGAAGAACGAAGAAGAGGAGAAACGGCGGGCUGAAGAGAGGGAGAGGAAGAAAGAAGAGGAGAGGAAGAAGAAGGAGAGGGCGAUGCUGUACCAGGAGCCCGAUUGGGCGAAGAAUGAUCUGGAAGAGAGCAAAAUGAUUUGGAGUGAUGAUGAUGAUGAUAAAAGGAAGAAGAAAGGGAAGGGUGAGGUGGAAAUGUACUGUGUAGUUUGUAAUAAGAAGUUCAAGUCCGAGAAGCAAUGGAAGAAUCAUGAGCAGUCUAAGAAGCACCGGGAAAAAGUGGCUGAGCUGCGGACUGCAUUUGAUGAUGAAGACGAGGCCUUGAAGGAUGUUAGUCAGGAAGGAUUAUGCGUGAGUUUUGACUAUGAGCCUCUGGCUGAGGAUAAUGAGAGUAGUGAGAGUGAUGCAGAUAAGUUUUCUGAGGCAUUUAAGGAUGGUUUAACCUUGAAGGAAGAAGGGGAUGAUAAUGGGAACUUGAAUGCUGAUGAUUUACCUAGAAAUGAACAGGUUGCUGUUCCUGAUACUGAUAAUGAUAAUGGAAUUGGGAACGUUACUGAAUAUCAUGAGCUGAAAAAACAUAGGAAUUGUAGGAAUCGUAGAGCAAAAAAAGGGAUUGUUAGAGAGGAUGUGGUUAGGGAUACUGGUGGGGCACGCGAAGUUCAUGAAAGUAAUGUUGGCCAUUUGAAUGAAAUUUCCUCUUUAGUUCAGGAGGAUUCAGAAAUUACUAAAGGAGAUCAAGUUGUUGGCGGGACUCUGAAGUUUAAAAAGCAACAAAUAGAUGGGAAAGGAUCUGCAAGGGAAGACACAAUUCACUCAAAGAGCUCAUCAAAAGGAAAGAAGCAGAAGGCUGCAGCAAAAGCGCCUAGUAAUUCAUGUGAAACUUGUGGUGAGAUCUUCGAUUCCAGAAAUAAAUUAUUUUCUCAUUUGAACAAGACUGGCCAUGCAAUGCUUAAAUCAUGGUAAAUAUAUCUGCUGCAACCAAAAAGACCUUCAAAUUCCAGAUCGUAGCAGCAGCACAGUCUCCAAGAGCUAGCGGAGGAAGAUAGGAGAAAACAAUGGAGGGGAAGCUCGAAAGUAUGAGGCCUUAGAGAUUUGGUUUUAGAAUCUUGACAUAACUUGGAAGAUCUGUGCUUGCAGCCACCAGCUACUGCUCCUCUCUGCUAGUUGGAGCUGUGUGGGUUGUCUAUAAACAUUAUCUGAGGUUUUAAGCUCCUUUUUGCUAUUCAAUACGCCCAGGAGAACUUUCAUAGAAUUUUACAUGAUUUUUUUUAUCAUAGAGAUUUAUUUUGUAUGAGGAACAAUCAUUUGAUACUUGCAAAGUACAAUUUGAUGGUUUCAUUGUUUUGGGUCU